CAAGUCCAUCUCUAGCAGUAUUUGACAAGUCGAGCCAAAAGAAAAGUAAAAAUGAGUGCAAUUUCUAAUGAAAACAUUAUUUGGACCAUUAAAAACGGAGAGUUUGACGCUGUCCAAGCCGCUUUUCAGAACGAUGCACAAAAGGUGAAUGAGGAAAUAAAGGGACGGUUCCCCGUACACUAUGCGGCGGAUUUUGGCCAGCUUAAUGUACUCCAGUUCCUGAUUGAUAUAGGAGCGGACGUCGAUAGAAAAGACAAACAUGGUAUUACCCCCAUUCUUGCUGCCAUUUGGGAAGGACAUACGAGCUGCGUGGAAUUUCUUCUAAAAAAGGGAGCUAAUAAAAAUGGUUCUACUCCAGAUGGCCAAAGCUACCUUGAGGCAGCGGAAAAGGACGAAAUUAAAAAAUUACUUGCAUAAUUAGUAACUGUAAAUUUAGGAUACAAACCUUAUGUUUCAGUAUCAAAUACAAUUUUAAAUACAGUCAUGUAUAGCUUUUAAAAACUGAA